AAACACUGUAUGCAAACACACGUCUCACUGACGUUACCGUUAAGACAAUUGCUAUCAUUUUGUGGACAAUUGGCACAAAUCAUCGCAAAUCAUGGGAAAGGGAUUCAAUAACUUCAUGUGUAAGAAGCCCUUCCAUCCCGCCUCCAGAGAUAACAUCAAAAGGGUCUGGAUGGCUGAGCAGAGGGAUGCGGACAACAAGAAGAAAGAGGACGAACUGAGGGCCCAAUACGAGAAGGAACAGGACUUAUACAACAAC